UUUCAUUAGAGUCGUAAGCAAUAUCAUAAAGAGUUAUAUUUGCAGGUCAAGAAUGGAGCAACAUUUGCUGCAUGGCACACUUAAUGUGACCAUAAAUGAGAUUGAUAGACUAAAGAUCUCUGGAGGAUUGCUCAGCAAGGAUGUUGGACUAUUGGAUAAAGGGAAAAUAUUGCUGGCCCAGCUUAAGAGACUCGUGCUAUGCCAAUCAAUCACUGAUUCAAAAAUAUAUGCAACAGUUGAUCUAGAUAAGGCAAGGGCGGCAAGGACCAGAAUGGUAAAAAAUGAAGGCCAAGCAUCUCCAUGGAACGAGAGUUUCCGCAUCUAUUGUGGACACUUAAUCUCACACAUCAUCUUCACAGUCAAAUAUGUUAACCCUAUUGGUGCAACACUCAUUGGCAGAGCUUACGUUCCAGUUCAAGAUAUCAUUAAUGGGAACAUAGUGGACCGGUGGGUUAACAUCUUGGACCAAAACCAUGUUCCCAUUCAUGGAGAUUCCAAGAUCCAUGUUCACCUCCAGUUCUUCAAUGUCACCCAAGAUGCUCAUUGGUCUCGAGGGAUCAAAAACCGAGAUUUUAAUGGAGUUCCCUACACUUACUUUGCUCAACGACAAGGCUGCAAAGUUACACUUUACAAAGAUGCUCAUACUGAAGAUGAUUCCCAACCGGUGUUUUUGGCUGGAGGUGAGCGCUAUCAGGUUCAUAGAUGCUGGGAAGACAUCUUUGAUGCAAUAGACAAUGCCAAACAUUUUAUAUAUAUAACCGGGUGGUCUGUAUACACCAAGAUAACCUUGAUACGGGACCCGAGACGGCCGAAGCCUGGUGGCGACCUAACACUCGGAGAGCUUCUCAAAGAAAAGGCUAAACAAGGUGUGACGGUUCUUAUGCUUGUUUGGGAUGAUAGAACUUCGGUUAAGGAGCUGAAGAAGGAUGGUUUAAUGGCAACUCAUGAUGAAGAAACCGCUAAUGUCUUCAAGGGUACUAAUGUGCAUUGUGUUUUAUGUCCUCGGAAACCUGAUCAUGAUGAAAGUAUUGUUCAGGAAAGUGAUAUAAACACCAUGUUUACUCACCAUCAGAAGACGGUGGUCGUCGACGGCGAAUUGCCAAGCGAAAGGUCCGGAAAGCGGACGGUAGUUAGUUUUGUCGGCGGUAUUGAUCUUUGCGACGGGAGAUACGAUACACAAGAGCAUCCCCUGUUUAGUACUCUAGGGACGGUCCAUCAUGACGAUUUCCAUCAGCCGAAUUUUGCUGGUUCUUCGAUCAAGAAGGGUGGUCCGAGGGAACCUUGGCAUGAUAUCCAUUGCAAGCUAGAAGGUCCAGUUGCUUGGGACGUGUUGUACAAUUUCGAGCAGCGAUGGCAAAAGCAAGUUGGGACCGAUAUCCUGAUCCCGCGAACCAAGCUCGAUGAAAUGGUGAUUCAACCGUCGCCAUUGACAUCAUGGAACGACCCUGAAACAUGGAACGUUCAGAUAUUCAGAUCCAUUGAUGGUGGGGCAGCUGCUGGAUUCCCUGAAGAACCCAAUGAAGCCGCCAAAAUCGGUCUCGUAAGCGGAAAAAACGUAACCAUUGAUCGAAGCAUCCAAGAUGCUUAUAUCAAUGCUAUCCGAAGGGCGAAGAAUUUCAUUUAUAUUGAGAAUCAGUAUUUCUUGGGAAGCUCAUUUGCCUGGAAAUCACAAGGUAUCAAGGUGGACGACAUUGGUGCUUUGCAUCUCAUACCAAAGGAGCUUUCACUGAAAAUUGUGAGCAAAAUUGAAGCUGGAGAAAGGUUCACUGUCUACAUAGUGAUCCCAAUGUGGCCUGAAGGUAUACCUGAGAGUGAAUCCGUUCAAGCAAUUUUAGAUUGGCAAAGGAGAACAAUGGAGAUGAUGUACACUGAUAUUACUGAAGCUCUUAAAAAAAAGGGACUGAAUGCAAAUCCCAGGGACUAUUUGACAUUUUUCUGCCUUGGAAACAAGGAGACCACAAAAUCUAGAGAAUAUGUACCUCCUGAGAAACCGGAUCCUAAUUCAGAUUACGCUAGAGCUCAGCAGUCGCGACGUUUCAUGAUCUACGUUCACGCGAAAAUGAUGAUUGUGGAUGAUGAAUACAUCAUAAUUGGAUCAGCCAACAUCAACCAGAGAUCAAUGGAUGGUGGGAGAGACACUGAGAUUGCCAUGGGAGCAUUUCAACCGUUUCAUAUAGCAACCGAUCGCCAACGAGCCAAGGGUCAAAUCUACGGUUUCCGAAUGGCAUUGUGGUGGGAGCACCUUGGACUUCCAAGACCACACACCAUUUUCGAGCAUCCAGAGAGUCUACAAUGUGUUCAGACAGUCAAUUCCUUAGCGGAGGAGCUAUGGAAUGAGUAUUCAAGCGAUGCAGUGGUUCAAGAUCUGCCUGGUCACCUGCUUCGAUAUCCGAUCGAAAUCAGCGACACCGGAGCCAUUACGACGUUGCCGAACAUGGAGUUUUUCCCGGACACGAAAGCUCGUAUCCUAGGCACCAAAUCCAAAUCUAUCCCUGGCAUCAAAUCUGAUUACGUUCUUACCCUCUUAACCACCUAGCUGGUUUCAUACAUGAACUUGUAAUAAUGAAAAUAAUUGUUAAUCAACAAUGUAAUGCAUACUGUUCCUGAGAAAGGCCAUGCAUCCCUUGCAAAUCCUUUCCAAAUAAAAAUUUAAAACUGUUAUUAUCCUAUUGUUGAAUCCAAAAUUCAUCUGUUGUUGCAUUUCUAA